GAACCAUCAAGUUUCAGUGACUUGAAUGUUUCACUCAUGAAUCAUGAUAGCACGGAAAUACGUGUUCCUGAGGCUGCCCGCAUGAGGACUUUGCUGGGCUUUGUGAUUGUCCUUUGGCUCCACAGGUGGAAUACUGUGGAGUACCGACGCGUCGGGACAACUUGUGACAUGGAAUAUUGGCAUUCGGCCGGUCAACCACAACCAAAUUCCUCUGAUUCUUUGUCCUGGAACCUGAAGCCUGGCACCUAUGGGUCCUGCUCUCCUCCUUCCUACGCAUAGUACGCAGAUUUUUCGACGAUGCAAGGGUCUGACAUCCUUCCGGUUGUGUAUAAGACAUUAUGCGACGCAGCCUGAGUCUGCUGCACUCCGGCGGAAGAAAGUAUGGGCAUCUGCAGAUGCUGCUGUGCAAGAUGUGAAGUCUGGGGACAUCGUGCUGAGCGGAGGGUUCGGCUUGUGUGGUACUCCUGAGACUUUGAUCACUGCUCUUUCACGACGAAAUGACGUGCGCGGUUUGACUGCUGUGUCAAACAAUGCUGGUUCAAGUGAGUUGGGUCUAGUCAAGCUAAUGAAGAGUGGACAACUUGACAAGCUCAUAAUAUCAUACCUGGGCGGAAACAAAUACCUUGAGCGGAUGUACCUUGAUGGAAAGAUGUCCCUCGAACUGGUCCCGCAAGGUACCCUCGUUGAACGGAUGCGCGCGCACGGCGCUGGCAUUCCCGCCUUCUUCACACCCACAGGUGCCUCCACGACUGUUGAAACUGGCGGCAUUCCCAUCAGAUUCAAAACAGGCGGCUUCAAAGAAGGUAUUUUUAUACCUGGAAACAAAAAGGAAUAUCGAGAAUUCAAUGGUAAACGGUACAUCAUGGAGCCUGCCAUCGCUGGUGACGUCGCGUUCAUCCACGCCUGGAAAGCAGACGAGGCAGGCAACCUCAUGUUCCGACAUGUCGCAAACAAUUACAAUAACGCCAUGGCGAGGAAUGCGCAGUUAGUUAUCGCAGAGGCGGAGGAGAUUGUUCCCAUUGGCUCCUUGCCACCAAACGCUGUCCACGUUCCAGGAAUAUUUGUUGACCGUGUUGUGCAGGCCACUGAGCCAAAAGGUUUUGAUAUCAUUGCCACUGCUCCGCCACCCGGAACUACUGGUGGCUCCUCACCUGAGGAACUCCUGGAAAAAAGCACACGGCGCAGAAUAGCAAAGCGCGCGGCACAGGAGCUCAGAGAUGGCUUUUACGUGAACCUUGGUGUCGGUAUUCCCACUCUCGUCUCGGAGUAUCUCCGACCAGGCGUCAAGAUCUGGCUGCAAAGUGAAAAUGGCAUUCUGGGAAUGGGUCCGUUCCCUACCGAGGACCAAAUCGAUCCGGAUAUCACGAAUGCUGGAAAGGAGACGGUCACUUUAUUGCCGGGCGCUUCGAUCUUUGAUUCGACUGAUUCGUUUGGUAUGAUCCGGGGUGGUCACAUGGACGUCGCCAUCCUUGGUGCUAUGCAAGUAUCGGAGGCCGGCGACAUUGCAAACUUCAUGAUUCCAGGCAAGCUUGUGAAGGGCAUUGGAGGAGCCAUGGACCUGGUGUCAAAUCCUGAGAAGACGAAGGUCAUUGUGGCCAUGGAACACUGUGCAAAAGAUGGAGGUCCAAAAAUCAUGCAGGAAUGCUCGUUGCCGCUGACCGGUGCACGGGCGGUCAGUCAGAUUAUUACCGAACUCGCUGUGUUCAACGUUGACCGGUCUGGUGGCUUCCUGACGCUCAUGGAAGUAGCCAAGGGUGUGACGGUGGAGGAAGUACGAGCGAAGACCGCUUGUGACUUCAAGGUCUCUGACAAUCUUGGGCAGAUGUAAGCUCGUAUUGAUGGUAGUACACGAUACCGUAUGGAUGAGCAGGCUUGUUUCCUCGAUGUCUAAUGAUAUCAAUCACACGCUAAUUCCGUUUUACACGGCUAUCCAAGUAGGCGUCUUUCGGUACAGUUGAAUUUUUACAUAUAUUUGGGGAUCGAUUGCUGUAAUACCAGGCCGUCGCUUCGCAUUGCGCCGCAGUAAUAGAUAUUUUAAACAGGAA